ACGACGAUUCGACAAACAUGACACGCAGUUGGCAAUAUAUUGCAGAGGCGAAGCGGGCAGCACUGUUCGAUUCUAUUCCCGCAGAAUGGCGUAUACCAGCCGACCUCAUGCCUCUCGAGUCUCAAUUGGAUGUGACAGGCUUUCCGCAGGAGAGUGGGUUUUUUACUGGAGACGAACUGAAGUAUACCAAUUCCAAGAUUCCAGAACUGUUUCAGCAGAUCCACAGCGGCAAUUGGAAAGCAGUAGAUGUCGCAUCGGCCUUUUCCAAACGGGCUGCUGUGUGUCAUCAACUGACGAACUGUUUGUCCGAGACUCUCUUCCCUGAGGCGCUGGAGAGAGCAAAAGCCCUUGAUGAUCAUCUGCAAAAGACGGGAAAACCCAUUGGUCCGCUUCAUGGCCUUCCCAUAUCACUGAAGGACAACUUCAACAUCAUCGGCAAGGAUUCGACCAUCGGAUUUGUGGCCUGGGUAGAUCAGCCGGCUACUUACAACACAGUCUUGGUGGAUGUGUUGGUCAAAGCAGGAGCGGUACUCUAUGUCAAGACAAAUGUUCCUACAGCAAUGAUGAUUGCAGAGUCUGUAAACAACACGUUCGGUCGGACCGUGAAUCCACGCAACAGAAAUCUUACAUCUGGUGGGUCAAGCGGAGGAGAAAGUGCAUUGAUCAGCUUUGGUGGCAGCGUGCUUGGUGUUGGCACUGAUAUCGGUGAGUCGAGAGUGAGAGUAUUACGCCGUAACGCACGAAUAACUGACGUGAUUUANGGUGGAUCUGUGCGUAUACCCGCUGCUUGUACUGGUAUCUUCGCUCUGAGACCUUCAUUCGGCCGUUUUCCUACAAUCCAAAGCAAGUCAGGCCUAGCAGGACAAGAAGCCGUGAACUCCGUUAAUGGACCCAUGGCUCGUACUUUGAACGACAUCGAGUUCUUCGCAAAGAAUGUCGUAGAUACAGAACCUUGGAAGCUCGAUCCGAAGUGUUUGCCCAUUCCCUGGCGUGAUCUUGAUGUAGGAAAGAAGCUACGAAUAGGCGUCAUUUGGAACGAUGGCAUGCAUGCGGUUGAUGCAUUGCAAAAAGCCGGCCACGAUGUUGUUGAGUGGAAGCCGGAGCUGCACUCGGAAGCAGUCGAUUUGCUUGUGAGUGGGUGGUUUACUGCAGUUGUAUCAAGGGCUAACAAAUCCGACAGNGGACAAUUCUUCGUGGCAGACGGAGCCAAGUCAGUCAGAGAGAUCCUGGCUCCUGUAGACGAACCGUUCAGAGAGGAGAUGCUGGACUAUGCAAAAGCUUCAGAAAUCGGAGUUCACAAAUUGUGGCAACUCCAAAUAAAGAGGACGAAACUGUGCAAGGAUUACCUUGACCGAUGGACUCAAGCAGGCCUCGACGCGAUUCUGUGCCCGACAACACCCUUCGCAGGCGUCGAAAAUGGCAAGUUCAAACACGUAGGCUAUACGAACAGNGGCGUGUUCAACAUUCUUGAUUAUUCGGCCAUGUCAUUCCCAAGUGGAGUGUUGGCGGACAAGCAGCUGGAUAAGGCGGAAUCAGGCACGGAGUCAUUAUCGCAGAUCGAUGCACAGGUCCAGGCAGAANNUGCGGUCCAUGGAAUGCCAGUGAGUCUGCAGCUCGUUGCCAAUAGAUUGGAAGAAGAAAAGGUCGUGGCAAUGACGAGGGUGGUGUUGGAAGGACUUGGAGUCGCGGUG